AUGACAUGGUUCAAUGAUGGUGAUAGGAAUACGAAAUUCUUUCAGGCUCAUGUAAAUGGCAAGAGGAAAAGGCUGCAGCUAAAAAGAAUUCAGAAGAAUGAUGGCCAUUGGGUUGAAGAUUCAGAAGGCAUUGCAGAAGAGGCAGUUAGAUUUUUCCAAUCUCAAUUUCACGAAGAAGUGGUACCUACAAAUUUCCAAAUAAUUGAUCAUGUACCUUACAUGGUUAACGGGGGACAAAACCGGGAUCUACUGAAGCAACCUACUGCAGAAGAAGUGAAGCAAGCUGUAUUUGGACUAAAUGGUGACAAUGCUAGAGGUCCGGAUGGAUUCAAUGGAUUUGUGAAGGGAAGAAGCAUAGUGGAAAAUAUCUUACUGACACGGGAAAUCAUCACUGAUAUUAGACUAAGAACUAAGGCAUGUCCUAAUGUGGUAAUCAAACUAGACAUGACAAAGGCAUACGAUAGAUUGUCAUGGAAUUUUCUGACCAAAGUUUUGAGAAAGAUGGGCUUUGCAGAAAUAUUUAUUGGUUGGGUCUUUGGGAUAAUUUCCAAUAAUUGGUACUCAGUUUUGAUAAAUGGGCAGCCUCAUGGUUUCUUCAAGUCUUCUAGAGGUGUUAAGCAGGGAAAUCCUUUGUCACUUACUCUAUUCAUUUUGGCUGCUAAAGCAAUGUCUAGAGGAUUGAAUGCCCUCCAUUCUAAUCCACACUUCUGUGGAUUUGGAAUGCCAAAGUGGAGCCCUAAGAUCAAUCACUUAGCAUAUGCUGAUGAUGCAAUCAUUUUUUCGUAUUCUGAUACAACUUCAUUGCAACUUAUCAUGAAAGUGCUGACAACAUAUGAGACAGCUUCAGGGCAGUUGAUCAACAAAGAAAAGUCGACCAUAUAUAUGCAUCAUCAAGCUAAUGAAGAGGUGUGGAGAAAGGUAGAAAGACUUACUGGCAUUGGAAGACAAGAUUUUCCUUUUACAUAUUUGGGGGGCCCAAUAUUUUAUGCUAGAAGGAAGAUGGACUAUUAUAAAGGAAUGAUAAAUAACGUGUUGAACAAAUUGCAGUCGUGGAAGGGGAAGCUUCUUUCUACUGGAGGCAGAGCAGUCUUGAUCUCUCACGUAAUACAAAGCAUGCCUAUACAUCUCUUGUCAGCUGUUAAUGCACCAGCCAAUGUAAUUAACAAACUGCACAAGCUUAUGACAAGGUUCUUUUGGAGCAGUUCAAUAGAAGGGGGACACAGACAUUGGGCUUCAUGGGAUAAAUUAUGUCUACCAGUUGAAGAAGGAGGUGUAGGAUUUAGAUCACUGCAUGAUGUAGCUAAGGCAUUGUUUUGUAAACUAUGCCAAAGAUGGGUUCUUCAUUGUUUUGGAUGGAAAAUUGGACUGGUCUGGGGGGCCUUAUACUUCAUCACCCCACCGGAUUUCUUCUGUGAUGAAUCGAUCCAAAAUAUAAAUGAAGUAGUUCAGGACAGGAGGUGGAAUACACAGCUUCUAAGGCAGCUCUUACCUGAUGACUUAGCCAACCACAUUUUACAGAAUAUCAAGCCACUUGGAGAGAGCUUGAUUCUGGACAAACCAUUUUGGACACUUGAAAUAAGGGGUAAUUUUAGUUUCAGAUCUACAUGGGACUAUAUAAGGAUGAGAAGGGAACCUUGUAAUGCUUAUAGGAUGAUAUGGAUCAAAGGUUUACCAUUUAAGGUUUCAUUCUUCAUGUGGAAGGUGUGGAAGAAUAAAAUCCCUUUGGAUGAUUUUUUCAGAAGAUUGGGCUAUCAAAUGGCUUCUAAAUGUUGGUGUUGUAUUACAUCGCAAGAGGAAACAAUGCCACACUUAUUUUUCACUUCUUAUACUGCUAGAAAAGUAUGGCAAUACUUUUUAUCUGCUGCUGGUAUUAAAAUUGAAGGUUUAACAUUUCACCAAGCUGUUGUGAAGUGUUGGACUGCCCCGGCAAUACCAAGAAUAAAACCAAUAAUUCAAGCUUUGCCAUCCAUUAUAGUAUGGGAGUUAUGGAAGAGGAGAAAUUCUUACAAAUAUGGAGAUGCAGUGUCAGUGAAUAGGGUUAUAUACCAGGUAUCAACCACUCUGCAGUACCUGGUAAAAUCCAGAAAGCCAAGUUUACAGAAUAUUCCUCACAAAUGGCCUAAUCUGAUUCAUAUGUUGGAACAAUUUACACCUAAGUUGACAUAUACUAAGGUGAUGUGGGAGUUUCCUGAACAAGGCUGGGUAAAGGUCAAUACAGAUAGGGCUUCUAGGGGCAAUCCUGGGAGGAGUUCUAUUGGAUAUGUUGUGAGAAAUAAAGAAGGAAAUGUAGUAUAUGCGUGUGGCAAAGAGAUAGAAGAAGGCACAAACACAGAAGCUGAGGUGAAAGCCAUUCUGGAAGCAUUGAGAUAUUGUGUUGCAAAUGAAUAUAUUUUGAUAGACUUACAUACUGACUCAAUGGUAGCCAGAAAUGUAACUCUAGGGGAAUGGAAUGUGCCAUGGUCAGUGGUGGGAUAUAUGGGGGAGAUAAUGGAGUUUAUGGAUAGGUGCAAUAUGAAUAUAUCACAUACAUUGAGGGAGGGUAAUAAGUUGGCAGAUCACAUAACUAACUAUGCUCUUGACAUUGGUCCAAUUGAAUGUAAUGGUAUAAUGAUAACUCCCUUACACAGCUCUCACUUGGUGGUAUCAGUACUGUGUGCUCAAUCCAAGGAGAGUAAAGAAAGAGAUGGCACAAGCAUGGAAAGAGAGAUUAAAGGGGAGCAACUUCGUGAUCUAAAGAAACAGAUGAGUAGACAAGCAAUAUUUGAAGGGACUUCACACAGCUGGACUAUGAAUGAGAUACAGUUAGGGACCAAGUAG